CAUACAACCGCGACAGCAGAAAAACUCAUUCGUUAACCAACAGUGUUCGAAACGAGUGUAUAUAAAUAAUAUUAACGAGAUCUAUACACAAUAUUGUCAGUGAUGUAAAUAAUCGAAACGAAUGUGCUAUUAUUAUUUGCCGUGUUCAUCAGUCGAUGCAAUUACAAAUUAAGAGUCUUUGAAAGUACGACACAGCAUUGUUUUUGUUUUGUUCGCUGGUUCUUUCUAAAAAAAAGUUUUUGAAAAUUAUCCGCGGCUGAUGAUAUCAUAUCAUUUUUAUAUGACGUCAGUUUUGUGUGUGAUAGCGGGUAUUUGAGUUGAACUACACGCAUUUUUUUGAAUUUCGUGAAGUCGAAAUUUCGGUUUGAAUGUUUUGGACGAUAAAAAUAACAUUUUGCAAUUUUUUGUUGGAUUAAAGAGAAGGAAAAAAAAGUGUUAUAAAAAUAACUUGUAUCAAAAAAGUCAGUGAUUUUUAUUGGGUGCAUUUGAGAUUUAAGAAAAAUAAAAAAAAUCGAAAUUUCAGUUUAUUUUACAUUUAAAUUUGAAAUCGAGAAUUUUCUUUUGUCAGCCGGUUGCGGUUUUUGUGUUCAAUAAACUAUAACAAAGCGAAAUACAGCAAAUUCUUUUGUUCCAUUGGAUUUGUCAACGGAUUAGGAUAACUACAAAGGAUUUCGCAUUUCGCAUUUUACGUUUAACCGCCUUACAUCCAGUUAUUAUACGUCAAUAGUCUUCUUUGUCUCUGGGAAAUCACAAGCCACCGUUAAACGACAUGGCAACCUCACUCCCACCACCGCCACCUCCAAAGCCAGUAAAGCCAAAUCAGAAAAUAUCAAACAACCAUGUCAGUAAUCACACAAACAAUCACAACGGCAACAAUAACGGUACUAGUUGUGUACCACCAUUGGAAGAGGAAAAAGUUGUGAUGACACCACGCGGAAAGACCUCAAAUUCAACGAUAAUUCUGAUCGAACGAAAGCUGGUCGAAGAAAUCGGCGACAGACAGCAUGUGGCUGGUGGCGAUCAUACGGGAAUCAUCAUAAACAAGGAUGCACUGAAAGAUCAAAAGUCUCUGCAAGUGGCGCCACAACUGAGCCUAGAGUUUCGGGUGUUUUUGGUGAGCUCGCACACGGGAGAACAUUCACAGGAGUCCAGAUCGUUGCGGUUUUGGUUUCGGCCGUGGCUAACGGAUGGCGAUAAGCAGGCUCAGGUGGCACAAGAUUUCUUCCGCGAAUUGGUUAGCCCGAAAGAAUUUCCACGAGAUUACAUCGGUUUCAUCAAGAAAAUUAUGAAAUUAAUGCAGAAAGGAUACAAUGAAAUCCAGGGACUAGAAAUUGAGUUGCGCAUUCUCGAACAAACAUCGGCUCCGCCAUCGAGACCACCGAGAGACGGUUAUUUUAUAUUUUGCUACGGUGACUGUAAUCGCAAGUAUGAAGAAGCGUUAGCGGCUAGGUCGGCUAACACAGUCUCCUACGAAGAUUCUCAAUUUGAAGUUAUACCGCUGACGCAAGAGAAAGUAUUGGAACUAAUUGAACAAGCAUAUCCAAAUCCAAUUACACCGGAAGAUUUAGCACGCGAUCAUGGCUGGUCCGAAGAAGAAGUGUUACAGAUAAUGCUCUCACUGAAAAGCCGUGGUGUCAUUAAGUCAAUGGAAUUCAAUUCAUUCACUCGAAUUCAUCAUGAAGAUACGGAAAUUAAGGUGGUGAAACAAAUGCCAACCAUAGCCUCGAAUAAGCAGCCAACAAUCGCUAUCAUAACAGCACAAUACUGUGAAAAAUUGGCAGUCGACGCAAUGUUGGAAAAUAAAGAAACAUUUGUUCGAUACACAACAGUCGGUACAUCCCCUGAAAAAGACAUAAAUGGUUUGCAUAGACGAAGACAAAAACAGAAACGUUUUGGCGAAUCGAACGUGUACACACUUGGUAAUAUCGGUGCUCAUCGCAUCGUAAGCACAAAACUACCCUCUGUGGGUAAUACGAGAGAAUCAAUGACUGCAGCCGGCAAUACAACGACAAGAUUGUUGGGAACGUUCCAAAAAGUCGACUAUGUGUUCAUCGUUGGCGUUGCUGGCGGUGUACCACAUUACACUGAUUUCAAGAAACAUGUUCGAUUGGGCGAUGUCGUUGUGUCGCAUGUGGAUCACAGCAGAACGUCAAUGAUGAAUGGAAAUUCAACAUCAAAAGAUAAGCCAUACGUGUACGUGUACAGCAACGGUGAGGAGCAACGUACAUAUCAUCCGGUGAAUGCUUGUCUCCAAGAAAUUGGCAAACAUUUACAAUCGGCAAUCAAGAAGCCAUGGGAAACCUAUCUCAAAGAAGGUUUAAUGCAUCUUCAGGAACGAACCGAAAAUGAUUUCACAAGACCUGCAGCAAAUACCGACAAACUGUAUAUGAAUAUCGGCAACCGGGAUGUCAUUGAAGUGGCUCAUCCAAUAUCCAAUGAAGACACAACGGAUGGACCAUUAUCGAAUCGCUUGCAUUUAGGACCGAUCGGAUCUGGCAAAGAUUUGGUUCGAUCGGACACGUCACGGAUCGAUUUUGCUAAGAAAUAUGGUCUGCUAGCGACGGACGUUGAAAUGAGCUCAGUCUUGGAUAGUAUAAUUGGAAACUGUAGGGAAAGUUUCAUUUUAGUGAAAGGUAUCUCCGACUACAAAGAUGGUUUGUCAACACGUAAAUGGCAAAAUUACGCAUCGUUGGCCGCAGCUGCUGUCAUGAAAAGUAUUAUCUGCGGAAUGGAUGCACCAACGAAUGUUUAAACAACAAAAGGUUUGUUACAAACCAGUAACAAAUUCACAAACGAGUUUCGGACUUAGAUCGCAACUGGUGGAACAUAUUUUUCAAUUUACAUUCAGCUUCCUAUCAUUUUACAUUUUACGAUUACUAAAUCUAGUUUUUAUACCAAAAUAAUUCUUGAUGUUGAUGAGCAACGUUAAAUUUUAAUUUAUUUAAAAGAAGAAAUUGCUCUACCAUACACACACAUAAAAUAGUAGAAGCAAGUUCGUAGUGUUAAGUUAACGUUAAAAAUGAACUAAUUCACACACAAAGAGAUAGGCAACGAAAAACGUUUUAAGGGAAAAAUUGAGUCGGUUAGGGAAAUGUUUUGUUUUGCAAAAUUCAAUCGAAAUUUUCACGUAACAAUGUAGCACACACUUUUCGCAUAUUAUAACAAGAUUUUUACACGCAAUUCUCACUAGAUACAGACAGAUUUUCGAAAUGGAAAACUCAUUUUUUUAUCGGAUUCAUUUACCGUUUAGCAAAGUGUUUGAUUUAUCGAAUGAUUUUUGGAGAAAUGUUCAUUUUCGAUGUCAAAACACGUCAUUUUCAAUCGAUAUACAAUACUUAACCGUGUGUAUAUUUUGUACAUUUAUUUAUUUUCGACUUAAAAUAUUUAUAUAAACAAAAAGAGAGAAAUAAAUGGAUCAAGCAACAGAAC